GCAGCCUAUCAGUCAGCGGUCACUGAGUGUGAAGUGUACUUCUGACAGGUUUAGCCAAGUAGUCUUCUCAGAGAUUAGAGCUUAUAUCCAAUAAAAUAUGGUCGAUUCAGUAUUCUGUCCUCUGUGAUGGGAAACACAGCGGCUUGGAGAUGGCUCUGUUGGUGUAAGAAGUGCAAGAAGGCAUUCAUACACAUAUUACUUUGACUAAUGCCUCCAUUGAUUAUCAUUGUAUAUUUUUGAGUUUCUCCUGCUCUUCGUCUCUCUUCCUCUCCGUAAACAAAUACGUCACGCUGCAUGUCCGUCGCCCGGCCAACAUUUGUAAGCCGUAAGCUUCUGGAGGAUAUGUUUAAUCCAGCAAUUACUAUGCUGGCUACAGGAUUUUUGUUAUCGUUCAGGUCACUUGGUUCCAGUGCUCUUUUUCAUUUUUAUUAAUUACUUCACUUCGUGUAUAGCACAGAGUUCUUUCUGGCUGAAUGGUUUCUUGUCUUUGCGAAGCUGUUGGCCAACGAUCUUCAUUGAAACAGUAAAGUUAGUGCAAUCAGUGCGAGUAAAUCAUUCCGAGAAGAUGUACCCACAAAAAUGUUAAAUCACAAAUGCAACCGUGAUGGCAAUUCUCCCACUUUGAAUAAUUAGACCUGCAUGAAAAAGACUCCUCUUAAUGUCAUGCGGCAGAAGCCAGUCUCGGUGCAAGACAGGACUCAGACAGCAAUUCAGAGCGGCAGCUAACCUCACCUCCAGCACUAUGCACAUCUGACACACAACCGAGGGCCGGGCAGGCUUUGCUGCAGCUGAGGAUGAUGAAUGGUCUCCUGCGGUGAAGCUAGAUGGUGUGGGAAUGAUGGACCUCCCUAAUGGCCAAUCAAGCAUCACCACCGCCGCUGCCACAGUGUCUGAGAAGAGCAGCAGCUCAGAAUCUCUCAGUGAUAAGGGUUCUUCGGAGCUGAAGAAGAGUUUUGAUGCUGUUGUGUUUGAUGUCCUGAAGGUCACUCCUGAAGAAUAUGCAGGCCAGAUUACGCUCAUGGAUGCUCCUGUGUUCAAAGCCAUUCAGCCAGAGGAGUUGUCAAGUUGUGGCUGGAACAAGAAAGAGAAGCACAGCUCUGCCCCAAAUGCUGUGGCCUUCACUUGCAGGUUCAACCAGACUAGUUUCUGGGUGGUACGGGAGAUCCUUCACGCACAGACUCUGAAGAUAAGAGCCGAGGUUCUGAGUCUUUACAUCCGUACUGCCAAGAAACUAUGUGACAUGAACAACCUCCAUGCUGUCAUGGCUGUGGUGUCAGGGUUACAGAGCGCUCCCAUCUUCAGACUUACCAAGACAUGGGCGUUGCUGAGUCGGAAGGACAAGGCAACAUUUGAACGGCUGGAGUACCUAACGGCCAAAGAGGACAAUUAUAAACGUCUGAGAGACUACAUACGCAGCCAGAGCAUGGUCUCUUGCAUACCAUACCUAGGUAUAUACUUGUCUGAUCUGACGUACAUAGACUCAGCCUACCCCUCCACGGGCAGCAUACUGGAGAAUGAGCAGAGAUCCAACCAGAUGAAUAACAUCCUCAGGAUCAUAUCAGACCUGCAGAGAUCCUGUAACUAUGAUAUACCAGUGUUGCCUCACGUCCAGAAGUAUCUCAACUCAGUCAGGUAUAUUGAGGAGCUGCAGAAGUUCGUAGAGGAUGACAACUACAAGUUGUCACUGAAGAUUGAGCCAGCCACCAGCACACCACGAGCUAAUGCCUCCAAAGAGGACCUUGUCGGCCAGGAAGCGUCGGCAUCUCCUCUCUGUGGCCGUAAGGGUACAGUAACAGCUGAGGGAACCAAAAUCCCGGCCACACCCCCCUCUCCCAGGAACCUGCUGCCCUCGGGACAUAGGAAGUGCCACAGCCUGGGCUACAAUUUUAUCCAUAAGAUGAAUACAGUAGAGUUUAAAAGCGCUACGUUCCCCAAUGCCGGUUCCCGCCAUUUGCUGGAUGACAGUGUCCUGGAGAGCCACACUCCCACCAGAGGACAAGCAGAGAGCUCCACUCUGUCUAGUGGUAUUUCACUUGGGAGCAGCGAGGGCUCUGAGCUCAGUGAAGAAAUGUCUUGGCCAGCUUUUGAAAGGACUCGGUUCUAUCACUCUCUGGGCCCAGUGACCCGUGUGGCCCGCAUCCCCUACAGAGGAGUCCUGAGGCCCAGCAGCUCAGCAGAGUCAGAAGAGCUUGCGGUUCACUUGUAUCCCGGAGCAGUCACAGUCCAGGGGGUUUUGAAACGCAAGACUGUCCUCAAGGAGGGCAAGAAACCCACGGUGGCGUCUUGGAACAAAUACUGGGUGGCUCUGUGUGGAACUCAGCUCUAUUACUACAGCCCCAAGUUCCUGAAGGCCUCUGAGAGAAAGCACUUCAAAUCGACGUCCACCAAGAGCGUCUGUGUGGUGGGUCUGAUGGCCAUGAUGGCUGACGACCCCGAGCAUCCUGAUGUCUUCCUGCUGACCGACUCAGAGCAUGGUAACACCUAUAAGUACCAGGCAGGGAGCAGAAGCAAUGCUAUGCUCUGGUUCAAACAUCUGAGUGCUGCCUGUCAGAGCAACAGGCAACAGGUGCCAGCCAAUCUGAUGUCAUUUGAGUGACUGAUCCUGAGGAAGAUAGUGUGACUGAGCGAACGAGAGAGGAUUGAGGAAACAGAGGAGGAGGAGGAGGAGUACUGACUCAGUAGUGGGAGCUUUCACUGCCAUGAGCCCUGAACGAUGAUUCUCCUAGCCCUGGCCUCACUGCAGCCUCACCUGCCACCACUGCCUUAACCAGAAUACCCUGUGUGUGCGUGUGUGUGUGUGUGUGUGUGUGUGUGUGUGUGCGUGUGCGCAUGUGUGUAUGAGUGUGUGCGUGUGAGAUGGGAAUUAAUAUGUUGGCUGCACUGACUACUGAUCAAGGACUUGCACCACUGCUCUGUUCUCCCAUUUGCUGUUGGUCUCCUUCUUUUCCUGCAAGUGUUCAGCACUUCAGUGGACCCGUUUGGCUUCUCCUCUCCUCUCUCACAGAUUGGACUUGAAUCAUCCUCUCUCUCUCUCUCUUUUUUUUUUUUUUUUUUUUUUUGUUAAGGGGACACUAUCUUUUUAUUGGUGUCUCCAACAUUCUCUAAAGGAAGAUUUGCGACUUUCAGUGGGCUUGGCACUCACAUCAGUUCAGUCGCAGCGCACACACAGUCACAUUGGACUAACCCAUUGGACUUUUGAGGGUUUGAAAACACACUUUGUACUCAAUUGCAACUUGGUUCACUCUUUCACCGCAGACCUUGCUGGUCUCUUCAUUCACUUGAGUUGACUUGGGAUCACAGGAUUAUUUACGCAAUGAUACACACACCCACACACACACACAGGCCUAUUUGAUUGCAGCAUCAUAAAGAUAAGGGCUCUGAUUCUCAAUCGAUUCCAGCAGAAACAAUUCCCACACUUCCUGAAUAUGUCUAAUUUUUAUUACAGAACUCCUGCUUCCCUUUUUAUGUCAUAUACUCGCUAGGUGUUUGUUAUGUAUGUAUGUAUGUGUGCAUGUGUGCGUUUGUAUACCUGCAUUGUUGUAAGCAGGGGGAGAAGUGAAAAUUUGCUUUAAUCAUAAGAAUCUUGACUCUUCUGCUCUACACAAGGUACGAUAAUCCCAGAAUCUAAGCUAAGAUGUUUCCAUCGCAUAGAAAAAGAGUAUCUUUGUUUCUUUUAUGAACCUUUAUUUUCUUGUGUGUCCUCUAGAGGUUUUCUAGCAUCAUCUGCUCUCUCUGUUGGCUGCCGUUAGCUCAGAUAGGACAUGCUUGGUUCAUCAGGCUCUCACACACACACACACACUACACACUAAAGACUUGAAAACUGUGAAAGAGUCCAAGGGAGAGAGCAGCGAGAACUUCUGAAACCUGAUUUUAUCUCCUCUUCAUUUUGUUGCUAAAUAUGGUCGGGGCCUCGGGUCUGGAGCAGAUAUGCAAAGCUAUCUGUAGCCAUACAGAAUCUGUUUUAAAUGUGUUGCUGUUAUUGUUUUGUGGUGUUAGUCGUUGCCCCCCCCCCCCCCCCCCCCCCCCCCCCCUUCCCCUUUUUUUCCCUUUUUCCUCAAGGGGGUGUGGUUUUCAGUAUUACUCUUUAGUAGACAACUUGCACACAUUUAGGUAGUUUUUGUCUGUUACAUUUGUAUGUUAGUUUUAAUUUUGUUUUUGUUUUUCGCCCUCCAUUUUUGGAGCAGUCAUUUUGUACAUUUUAUUUACAUUUGUAUUUUAUUUUUGCUUCCCCCUCCCCCCCUUUUUCCAUUAUAGUGCAGACUCAGUUGAGGACACAGCUCAAUUUUAGGUCCUAACCCCUUUGCUUCUGAAUUGGAAUAGUAUGAGCUCCUUGGUUAUAAUCUGUGCCAAGUGAUGUGGCUGUCACUCACUGUUUUCUUCAUGUUUGAUGAAAGGUUAGAAAAGGCAAAAGGGCAGAACUGCCAUGGAAUCAGGUGUAGGCGUUGGCCUGUGUCACUGCGAAACCUCAUGAUUUACAGUUUCCAGUGUUUAUCACAGAUGUGUCAGUGUGCCACAGAUACACUAUUCCCGUGUAUGUUUUGGUCAGGAGCAAGUGUUAAAUUUUAAAUUUCUCCCCCAAAUUUCCAUCCAGCUCUCUCUCCUGUUAAAAUAACUGUUUACAUUGUAUGUUUACACAAUCCUUUGCCCCAACAUCACAAUCUUAUCGUUGUUCCCUAUGUGCUGUAUGUACCCUCGGAGACAUAUUGAAACUUUUAGAGAAACUCAAUUCCCCACCUAUCAACAGGGUAUGUUAAGCUCAGAGUUUGUUCCUGGCUAUUGCUAAGGGUGGGAAGAGGUUAAGAUAUCCGUGCACCCAACGGUGGAUCCCCACUAAUGCGCUUUGUAGACACACUCGCUAUGAGUCCUGAUCCUCUGCUCAGACACAGUCAACCCCCUCAGUCUUAAGUCCUGGUCUCACAUUGGGCUGACGCAAACUAGCCUGUUCACUGUGUUGGCCUGCUAAAGGCAUCCAUUCCCAUCAGUGCCUUUCAGCUGUCCUCAAGACGUUAUGCAGGAACGCAGCCUGGCCAGCAAUGUUUGGUUUGGGUCAGCCAGAAAUCACCGGUAAUACAGAAUCACCAAGGAGUUUCCAGCACAGACAUCUUCUGUCCUUUGUAUAAUAGCUUUCUCUGAAAGGGAGAUGCUAGUGGUUUAACCUGUGGAUGAAUGAAUGAGUAAGCCAAAAACAAGCAUAACAGUGCAGCAGUGACGUAUGUGCGUGCAUGUGUGUGCCUCAGCAUACUUUCUCUAUUUUUUUAACAUAGUAAUUAAAGCCAGGUAGGCAAUCUGUCUAGGCUGCCAUCGCUGUUGAACAGUGGGGUAACCAGCUCGCUAAUCAUCUGUGUGACUGCCAGCUUGUGCUAAGGCUCCAUGCUGGCUUGCUUUGCACUGGAUGCAAGUGUGAAAAGAGGAAGACUUGUGAACUGAAGUGAAAAAGGACUUGUGUCUUCUGUAUGUCUGCUGUGAGUGACAAGCAAAAUGGAAACUAAGAGAGACUUGAGGUCUUUGAUAAGCACAGGCACAAUGGUAUGACAUGACAGAAUCCCAGAGCUGCAGCACCAUGGAGACCAAUAGUUACUGGUACUUGAAUGCCAUUGGUUGGCUAGGGACAGUUGUGUGGUUUUUCUCCUGCUCACUGAUAGGUGUAGACAAGCUUAUUAACGUGCUGUCAUUUUCAAUGAAAGAGGUCCAGAAGAGAAAGUGCAGCUUUGCCAGCUUUGCACCAUUUAAAGUCGGUGCAUUUAACUAAGAAUGAAUGUAGUGACAAACCCAAAGGUCUGAUAAGAGGUCAUACUGUGCCGGACAGAGCUAACUGUAGCUACAGUAUAAGAUGUAAAUGAUCAGUCACCAUCCUGCUCAGAUAUGCCUGUCUCUUCUUUCCAUUUACUUUGAUUUUAUAUGAGAAUUAAGCAAGAGAAAGCCAGAUUAAGUGGCGGAUGUAACGGAUGGGAAUGCCUGAGUUACCAAUUUAGGAACUAACCACACAGGAGAGGUGCUUUUGGGGCACCUUGGAAGGGUUUUUUUUUUAAUAUGUUUAGGUUAAACAACCUUUCUCUCAAGAAAUCCCUGAAUGUCAGGCGCUUUCUGUGUGUUCCUCAUUGUAACGUGAGUUUACAUGUUUCUUUUUUUUAUUAUUAUUUAUGUACAGUGUAUAGUCAAAAUAUUGGAAACACUUAGAACCUGUAAAGAUUUCCAUCAGCUUUGUAACAGUUUGAUCUGAUUCUGGGAUGUUUUGUGGUUUUGAUCCACUAAUUUUGUAGGUCAUGAGGUCAAUGCUAAUCACAGCUAUCACAGUGAAUGAAUUUGAGUUAUAAUCAAGGGUCUCUAUUGUCAUGAUGGGAAUGGGGGGGGCAAUUUCACAAUCUCUUCUAAACGCACUGUUGGGAUCAUUUCUAUUUGUUAAGAUCAGUGCCUUGUUGAUAAGGCCAUAGUCAUCCUGGAGGACUCUGGUCUGAUUAAUAGAUGCAUUGUGGGAUGAGGUCGGUUACUUAUACCACUGGUGGAAAUUGGAUAAGCCUUCCAAAUUCUGACUGAAAUUAUUUCAUUCUAGAAAAUGUACCCUGUAAGAAACACCACAACCCUUUGCUGUAAUUAGAAUUUGUUUCCUUUAAUUUGACCAUGCCAUGUACCACUGCACAACUAGCUCUGUAUGAUUGAAGUGGCCUCUUGAACUCAUUUCUUUUUAACCAUCAUGAAAAAAUGUUCAGAUGAAGUGAAUGGGAAGAGGAAGUGUUACAGUGUGGUUUAUGCAAUUUGUUUUCUCUUCUGGGGUGGUGAAGAAAUGGAACCAGUGAGAACCUACGCUUCCUUUGCUCUGCCGACUCUGACAAAAAAAAAAGUCAGUGACACCUGUCCAAUGCAAAGAGCUUUGUUCAAGUCAACAAAGUCGCAGUGGGUGAUAUAUAAACUCUAUACUUUUGAUCUUCACCCUUUACCUGGCUCUGUUUGUGUCUGUCCCUGUCUGCCCACCUCAUGACUGCGGCUGGCGCUGUGACCUCAAACUUGAGUGACGUGCUCCCAGGCAUGAAGACUGAGAACCAAUAAACACUCUGCCCUUUUUUACUCCACA